AUGGAUUACGAAAGUGCAACUUACAAGGAAGAGAAAGUAAUAUGGGUUACCGGACACACUGGAGGGACGAUGUGGGAGAUAAAUAUGGUUACUGGGGUCAUGUUGAGUUCAUACAUUCUCUGGUCAGCCUUGAUCAAAUACACACAGAUCUCUAUAAAAGUAUAUUCCUCAACUCUACGAACACUUUUAUUUGAAUUUCUAGUAUUAGUAUUUCCGAGUUUACUGGCAUGUACUCUUUUGUCGUCAUAUGCCUUUUACAUCAAUGUGACCUUGAUCUCAGCAGCGGAGUUGAAAGAACUUUUGGUUAAUGAGGAGGAGAAGGGCCCAAAGACUAAGGAACACUUGGUAAAUGGAACAAGAAAACCGUUCCUGAGUGUUUAUAGAGCAGGCAUUAUGAUUGUCACUUGUAUUGCUAUAUUGGCUGUCGAUUUUACUGUAUUCCCAAGGCGAUUUGCAAAGGUCGAAACGUUUGGGACGUCUCUGAUGGAUCUAGGAGUUGGUUCGUUCGUAUUCUCGGCUGGAAUAGUAGCGGCUAAACCUUUUCUAAAACGCCCUGAAAACCGAUUCAAGCCUCUUGGAGGUCAACUUAUAAACGCAUGCAAACAUGCGUUUCCACUUUUUGUCCUAGGAUUUGCUCGAUUAAUUGCCGUCAAAGGAGUUGAUUAUCAAGAGCACGUCUCUGAAUAUGGGGUGCAUUGGAACUUUUUCUUUACUCUUGCAUUUUUGCCAAUAUUUGUUACCCUAUGUCGAGCAGUAGAAAGGUAUGCGAGAUUCGCAGUGCUUGGGCUAGUUAUAAUCGUAGUUUAUCAGUUAGCUUUAUCGAGAUUUGGACUUCAGGAUUAUAUUCAGAAUGCACCACGAACAAAUUUAAUCAGCGCCAACAAAGAGGGAAUUUUCAGCUUCUUUGGUUAUCUUGCCAUAUUUAUCUUCGCGUUUGAUACGGGUCAUUAUAUUCUUCCAGCCGAUCCCUACUAUGCUUUCCGUCAGAACCGCAAACCAAGCAUAAAGCCCAAACAAAGAAAACUUGCCAUGAUUCUGUUUUCAUAUGCGAUAGUAUGGAGCAUCGGAUUCAUGGUGGCUCUAGUGUGGGGCAUUGAAGUGUCCAGACAAAUGGCCAAUCUUGGUUAUGUAUUUUGGGUUGCUGUAUACAAUACCGGGUUCUUGUGCUUGUUUCAAAUUGUAGAAUUAAUGUUUUUUGACAGAUACUGGGUAAAAGAGGGUCUAUAUGUACCUCAUAUUAUGGAAGCUUUUAAUAAAAAUGGGUUGGCAGUUUUUCUACUGGUAAGCAUGAGUAAUGUGUUUGAGGCAAUGCUUUUUUGA